CAUGAAACGAGGCGGAGGGUAAAGCCUUAAUGACAUCGGUGGGAAGAAGAGUGAGACGAAGCAACCCAAGAAAAGGGUGCGGAGAAGGCGAAAAGGGGGGGACAAGGAAGAAAAGGGCGAAAAGAUGAGCGAAGAGGAGGGCAAGAGCAAGGGGCAGUACGGCACCUUCUCGGGCGCACACGACUACGCCCAACCCGCCAUCGGCUUCCCCCAGCCGGUGCCGCCGCCGGGCCUCACCGCUGCCCACCCUCCACCUCCACCACCGCCGCAGCAGUCUGGGCCCCCCUAUUACGCCCACGGCUACCAGGCCGUCCCCGGUUAUGCACCUGUUGUUGAAGGAAGACCAUUGAGACUGCCACGUCUUCCUUGCUGUGGCUUGGGCAUUGGUUGGCUUUUGUUCAUAAUUGGUUUCUUUCUGGCUGCUAUCCCAUGGUAUGUUGGAGCUUUUAUUCUCCUUUGUGCUAGAAUAGACUACAGAGAGAAACCAGGCUUAGUUGCUUGCACAAUUGCGGCAGUUCUUGCUGCGAUUGCUAUUAUUAUUGGUGCAACGAAGGGAGCUGAUGUGUGGUGAUCGUCGUUAUGUUGUGUAUUAAUUAAUACUUCCGACUCUACAUGAACGCUUGUGGAUUCUCAUGUGAGCUUGUAAUAUGUGUGUAUAAAGUCGUACUUUCUUGAGUGGUUCUAAAUAAAUUCUUGAUUUAUUUAUGAAAAAACACUAUAUGUAUUGAUUCUUA